UUGGAAGGCAUCCUCUUCGUCUUCAUCACCAUGAAUGUUCUUGAAGUUUGCAGGGUGCCACCGCCACCAGAAGCGGCACCUUCCGCCGCCGCAUCGGAAACUUCUCUACCACUCACCUUCUUCGAUUUAGUGUGGCUGAGAUUACGGCCCGUUGAGCGUCUUUUCUUCUACGAACUCCCCAACCCACCUUCCUUCUUCUUCCAUUCCGUUCUCCCAAAACUCAAGUACUCCCUUUCUCUUACUCUCCAUCACUUCUUUCCUCUCUCCGGCAACAUCAAAUGGCCGCGUCACUGCCGGAAGCCCUUCAUCCAUUAUAUCUCCGGCGACGGCGUCUCACUCACCGUUGCAGAAUCGAACGCAGAUUUCAACAUUCUCUCAAGUUCUGAUUUCUCUGAUGCCGAAGAAAGUCGCCUGCUGGUACCCGACUUGAUCGUUUCCGAUGAUGAAGCUUCUAUCGUGGCCCUGCAAAUCACACUGUUCCCAAACGCUGGCUUCUCUAUUGGAAUAACCACGCACCACGCAGCCAUGGAUGGAAAAUCUUCAACUUUGUUUAUGAAAUCAUGGGCUUAUAUCUGCUCUAAACUAGAUGAAUCCUCAUCAGAUUCGUCGCUUCCCGGGAAUCUAAUGCCAUUCUUUGACAGGUCUGUGAUGAAAGACUCCUCUGGGGUUGCAGAGAUAUUUUCAAAUCAUUGGUCAAAACAAGGUGAACCAAAUAACAGAAGCUUAAAGUGGUGGGAUAUUAAGAGCACAAAUCAAGGGAAGCCAAUUAGGGGAACAUUUGAAUUGGUUCCAUCAAACAUUCAAAAGCUUAAGCAGAUUGCAGAGUCUAAGCUGAACAAGAAGGUUCAUCUAUCAACCUUUUCAGUAACAUGUGCCUAUAUGUUAAACUGCUUGGUCAAAGCAGAGCAAACAAAACAAGAUAAGUUUCUGUUCAUAUUUGCUGUGGAUUGUAGAUCUCGUUUGGAUCCUCCAAUUCCACCCACAUAUUUUGGAAGCUGUGUUGGGGGUGCUAAAGCUGUGGCUGAAACAAACACCUUGCUUGGGAAUGAUGGGUUCAUCGCUGCUCUUGAGGCCAUAAGCGAUGCUUUGAAGAGAUUUGAAGAUGGAGGAUUAAGUGGAGCAGAAAAAUGGAUGGCUGAGAUACAAAGUCUUGGGAAAACUCAUAGAUUUUUUUCAACUGCAGGGUCACCACGGUUUGAGGUUUACGGUAUUGAUUUUGGUUGGGGAAGGCCCAAGAAGGUGGAGAUAGUUUCCAUAGGCAAGACUGGAGCUUUCUCACUUUCAGAAAGCAGGAACGGCAGUGGAGGGAUUGAGAUUGGAUUGGUGUUGAACAGACCAGAAAUGGAGGCUUUUACUGCUUUGUUUCACGAAGGUCUUGCUUCAGGUUCAUGAUCUUUCAGCAAUAUUGCUCUAAAUAAAAGAUACGGUGCAAAUAUGUUACUCAGGACAGUUGGGUAUCUAGAAAUUUUUUUGGGAGCUCAUUUGCUUGAAAAGUUUAAUACUAUAGCAAUAUUUUUUUUAAUAGUUAAAAGUAUUAGCAGUUAACAUCAUUAUUUUAACAGUUAAUAUAAAUUUUUUAAUAAUAUAAGAUAAUAUUAUUGCAAUUUUAAACUUAUAAGAUAAAUUUGUUCCAAAAGAAAAUUUCAAGUAUCCAAUAUUUCUAAAAACUUUUAGAACAAAUUUGUAUUUUACCUUUUAAAUAAAUUGAUAGAACCGAGUGAGAUUUGAUUGGUA